AUGAUCUUGCUAAAUGGAAAGUCAGAUAUCGAGCAUAUUUUUGGAUGCAUUGAUAUCUCUAUUCCACAAUAUACUCAAUUUGUUGCAUUUGAGUACAUUUUAGAGAUGCUUUUAAUCCAAAGGUCUUAUUGGGCAGAGCUGCUUCGUACUACAAUUUUUGCAGACCUAAUAGGCUCUAAGUUACUUUGCUUGUGCGAUAUUCGUCGAUACAAUCAACAACACUGCUUGCAAGUCUUCGAAGGUCUACCAACACUAACUGUUACAUUAUUGGUACCAUUAUAUUUUAGAGCAUUGUCCCUCAAGACUAGUGCUCUCAUUUUGCAAUAA